GGCUCACCUGACUGCACCUUCACCUGCAUCACCAUGGCAGCACCCAGAGAGUUCAUUUCCAUAAGAGACAGAGCCAGAGAGAGAGGAAGACAGGACGAGAAUUCCCGCUCUGUGCUCUGAUCAUAGUCUGGAUGUGUUGUUAGGAUUUUUGAUUUGGGAUUACAUGAAACAUGAGGUGACAGUGUGGAGGUUAAUUAAGAGCCUGUUGCCAUAGAAACGUGUUGGUGGGCCAGUGACAGACCCAUAAUGAGUCUCCUGACACAGCUCAGACUGCUCCUGUGGAAGAACUUUACUCUCCGCAAGAGACAGAAGGUCAGGUUGGUGGUUGAGGUGAUAUGGCCUCUGUUUCUCUUCUUUAUCCUGGUUGGGGUGAGAUCCACAACUCCUCCUGUCUAUAAAAACCAGUGUCAUUAUCCCAAUAAGGCCAUGCCCUCGGCAGGCCUGUUACCAUGGCUACAGGGUAUGAUCUGUAAUAUCGAUAACCCAUGUGUUGCCCACCCCACGCCUGGAGAGACACCAGGGCAGGUCAACAACUUCAACUCCUCAAUAAUGACGGGAAUCCUCCUGGAGGCUCAGUCCAUCCUGGCUGAGGGGUCUUUCCUCGCCAACGCGAAGCUACUCACCACAAAUAUCAACCAAUGGGCCUCACUGCUGCAGAAAGCCAGUCCUGAAAGUGGUCAGUCUGUUUCCCUGAGGAGCCUUCUGCAGGCUGAUGAGACGUUCACGGCAUAUAUGAUAAAUAAUCUCUCAGUCCCAAGUCAAACAGCCCAGACUGUUUUAGAUGUUAAUCUUCGUCUUGGUCAGAUAUCAGCGUUUUCAGAGCAAACUGACCUGAGAACAACCCUCUGUGAUGAUGUCUCUGUGGAGCGUUAUUUGGAAUUCAGUUCAGCCAAUCAGAAAGAGAUGUUUCAGAACAUCAGCUGCUCUCUGACACCUUCCCAGCUGCGCCAAACCCGCAACAUCCUCUUACGAAACAUAGACCCCCGAAAACUCCUCAGCACCCUGCCUUUGGCUGUGGAUAUGAACCCCGCGGAAGCGGCAGACUUGUUUGAAAGAACAGUGUCAGAUGUCUUGCCAGUGAUGAAUGAGAUUUCUAGGUUACGGAAUUCCAUAUUGUUCAAUGCCGGAGAAAGUUUGGACUUCCGAUCCAAUGCUUUUGGUAGUGUAAAUAUGCUGUUGUGUGGGAAAAAUUCCAGUUUUGACGUUACAAAUUCCAGUUCAGCUCGGUCUGAGUUUGGAUUUUGGAAUUACGACUCCAACAAAGAGAUAACGUCAAACUCAACUAACAAUAAUUCAAGUGUGUUCUGUGAGGCACUAAUCUCAACCUUAGAGGGAACUCCGGGUCUACGGUAUGUCUGGAAUACAUUUCGUCCACUGCUGCUGGGAAAAGUACUUUACACACCUGACACCCCAGUGACACGGCAACUGAUAUCAGAGGCCAAUCACACCUUCAAUGCUCUGGCUGGGCUGCUGGACCUGGCGGAGGCCUGGGAGGAAAACCGCCCCCAAAUCUGGGACUUCUUUCAAAAUGGCAGUCAAACCAAUGCCCUGAGGGAUCUACUGAAGAAUCCUGUGUUUGCUGCGGUUUUGGACCAGCGUCUAAACGGAACAGGAUGGACAUCAGCACUGCUUGCUAACUUCCUGUAUAACGGACCUCCGGAGGACAGGCCGGAGGGAAAGCCAGACUACGACUGGCGUGACGUCUUCAACUCCACGGACCAGAUCUUCCAACAGCUCCAGCUCUUCAUUGGGUGCAUGAACCUGAAUAAGUUUGAAGCUGUGCCCAGUGAGAAGGAGCUGGUGGAGAGGGCCCUGGAGCUGUUGGAGAAUCAGAGUUUCUGGGCUGCUAUAGUUUUCACAGACCUGGAGCCCAGUUCCACUCACCUACCAAAACUUGUCAAAUACAAGAUCCGUAUGGACGUUGAAGAUGUGGAGAGGACUGAUAAAAUCAAAGAGAGGUCAUGGUAUCCAUCAGCUCGUGAUAAUCCAGUGAAUGACCUGCGUUAUGUGUGGGGAGGGUUUGUCUAUCUACAGGACAUGCUUGAUCAUGCUAUAAUACGAAUUCAUGGUAACAGCUCACAGCCCCUGGGUGUGUACCUACAACAGAUGCCGUACCCCUGCUACACGGAUGACGCUUUCAUCUCCAGUAUCGGGGCCAUGCUACCCAUGUUCCUUGUGCUGGCCUUCAUGUACACGGUUUGCCAGACCAUUAAAAGCCUGGUUCUGGAGAAGGAACUGCGGCUGAAGGAGGUUCUGCGGGCUGUUGGAGUCCGUAACUCUGCCCUCUGGUUGGCUGGGUUCAUGGAGAACUUGAUUCUGCUGACUGUGCCCUGUGCUCUUAUUACAGUUAUGGUGAAGUAUGGGAGCAUUCUGAAGUACAGCGAUCCCUCCGUUAUUUUUGUCUUCCUGCUGGUUUUCUGCAUAGCGACCAUCAUGCAGUGCUUCUUCAUUAGUGUGUUUUUCUCUCGGGCGAAUCUCGCGGCCGCCUGUGGGGGCCUGAUCUUCUUCGUCCUCUACCUACCGCAUGUGUUGUGCUACGCCUGGAGAGAAGUCAUGGGCUUCGGAGCCAAAGUUGCCGUGAGCCUGCUGUCCUGUGUGGCGUUUGGCUACGGUUGUGAGAACUUUUCCCGUUAUGAAGAACAGGGUGUAGGCAUCCAGUGGAGCAACAUCUGGCAAACCCCUGAUGAGAAGGACUCUUACAGCUUCAUAAUCUCCAUCGUUAUGAUGCUCGUCGACGCCUUCAUCUACUGGGUCCUCACUUGGUACAUCGAGAACAUUUAUCCAGGGCAGUAUGGCAUUGCCAAGCCAUGGUAUUUUCCCUUUACUUCAUCUUACUGGCGUGGAAGACCAGUCAGUGCUGACCCUGAACUGGAGUCACUGGGAGAUGUGGAGGAGAAGAGUGGCUACAUGGAGAAACCCCCUCCAAACCUGAGGGCAGGGGUGUCCGUCAGGAACUUGGUGAAGAUCUAUAAAACAGGGAAGAAACUGGCAGUGGACCGUCUGAGUCUGGACUUUUAUGAAAACCAGAUAACAUCAUUCCUGGGUCACAACGGAGCAGGAAAAACUACCACCAUGUCUAUUCUGACAGGGCUUUUUGCACCAACGUCUGGCACUGCGUUUAUAAAUGGCCGUGAUAUCCGCACAGAGAUGGACAUAAUCAGAAAACAGCUGGGCAUGUGUCCUCAGUACAAUGUGUUAUUCAACGAUUUGACAGUAGAAGAGCACAUUUGGUUUUAUGCUGCUCUGAAGGGGAGAGACAGUCGGGAGGUUCAGGUGGAAAUGGAGCAGAUGAUAACUGAUGUUGGGCUCCCACACAAACGCAAAGACCUUGCCAAAAACCUGUCAGGGGGGAUGCAGAGGAAGUUGUCAGUUGCCAUAGCCUUUGUAGGGGGCUCCAACAUUGUGAUUUUGGAUGAGCCAACAGCUGGUGUGGAUCCUUAUGCUCGCAGAGGAAUCUGGGAGCUACUGCUAAAAUACAAACAGGGGCGGACCAUUAUUCUGUCCACUCACCAUAUGGAUGAGGCAGACAUACUGGGAGACCGAAUUGCAAUCAUCUCUCAUGGUCACAUGUGUUGCUGUGGCUCCUCCCUCUUUCUUAAGAAAUGCUUUGGGAGUGGCUACUACCUCACGCUUGUAAGAGCCUCUCAGGACAAACUAACCAAUCAGCGCUGUGGGCACAGACAGAGAAAUGACAGUUCCAGCCUGGAUGAGGGUAUAGAGAACCCCAGUCUCACCAGCUUAGAGCCGCCAGAUGUGGCAGAGGUGAGCAGCUUGGUACGAAGACAUGUCCCCGAGUCGGUGUUCCUGGAGGCCAUUGGACAGGAGUUGACAUACAUUUUACCGUAUAGCGGUGCUAAAAAUGGCAGCUUUGCUGGUCUCUUUAAAGAGCUGGAUUUACAGAAGGAGCAACUGGGCAUCACCAGCUAUGGUAUCUCAGACACCAGUCUGGAGGAGAUUUUCCUCAAAGUGGCAGAAGACACUGGUGUAGACCUGGAUGUGAGAGAUAAAAAUGAAAAGUUUGUCCGUGACUGGAAGAGAAGCUCCAGAGAAUCCAGACGGCACAGCAUGGCAGCAGCGACAGAGAACUCCAAUGCAAACAAUACCAGAGCUGAGAUCAAGGGAAAGAAGUUGACAAGUAAAGUUGAAGAUUGUCAGGACUCACUGUGUUUUAGUGGUAAAGGAUCUAGUGUGGAAACAGGUUGGCGGUUGAUCAGACGGCAGUUUCUGGCUCUUUUCAUCAAACGUUUUCACCAUGCCAGGAGGAGCAAGAAAGGUCUCAUUGCCCAGGUGGUUUUGCCUGCUGUGUUUGUGUGUCUCUCUCUCAUAUUCUCUCUCAUCGUCCCUCCGUUUGAGGAGUACCCCAGUCUGGAAUUACAGCCAUGGAUGUAUGGAAUCCCACAGAACACCUUUUACAGUAAAGAUGGACCAGAGUUGGCAGAAGUGUCUCGAGUAACUGAGUCGUUACUGAAUAACCCAGGGUUUGGAACACGCUGCAUGGAAAGCAAUCCUAUACCAAAUCUGCCGUGUAAACCAGAGGGGGCCACUCCCUGGUUCACUCCUGCAGUGGACCCCUCUGUCAGUGACAUAUUUACCAAUGGGAACUGGAGCAUGGAAAACCCCUCCCCUGACUGUCAGUGCAGCACUCCCAAACGCAGCAUCAUGUUGCCAGAUUGUCCCCCAGGCGCCGGAGGACUCCCCCCUCCACAGAGAACCCAAAAUACCACAGACACUAUUCAGGACCUGACUGGCAGAAACAUGACUGACUUUUUGCUGAAGACAUAUGAAAAAUCAGGCAAAAUGCGGUAUGGAGGCUUUUCCAUUGGGGGAGUAAACUCUCAAGUGCAGUUAAACAGAUCUCAGAUUGAAGCAGCUCUUGAGGAGAUGAAGAACCUGUUUAAUGUUUCCCAGGGUAAUUCCACGGAUUCAGUCUUCGAGGGCAUCCAGACCUUACUGGUAGAGCUAGGAACAAAAGACAAUAUGAAGGUGUGGUUUUAUAAUAAAGGCUGGCAUGCUGUGGCUGCUUUUCUGAAUGUGGCGGGUAAUGCCAUCCUGAGAGGAAACCUGCCCGUGGAUCAGCAACCCACACAGUUCGGCAUCUCAGCAUCCAACUAUCCACUCAACCUCACCAAGGAACAACUCUCAUACAUCGCUUUUGCCACGACUUCCACGGAUGUGAUUGUGUCCAUAUGUGUGAUCUUCGCCAUGUCCUUCAUACCUGCCAGCUUCGUCCUCUUCCUCAUCCAAGAGCGUGUCAGUAAAGCCAAACACCUGCAGUUUGUCAGUGGAGUGAACCCAACCAUCUACUGGCUGGCCAAUUUGACCUGGGACAUGUGUAACUACAUUGUGCCAUGUCUGAUAGUCAUCCUCAUCUUCCUCUGCUUCCAACAAAAAUCCUAUGUCUCCCCUCCAAACCUGCCUGCACUCAUUCUCUUGCUCAUUAUGUAUGGAUGGUCCAUUACGCCAAUGAUGUACCCAGCAUCCUUCAUCUUCAGUGUGCCCAGCACAGCCUAUGUGGUUCUGACCUGUAUCAACCUCUUCAUUGGCAUCAACGGCAGUGUGGCAACAUUUAUCAUGGAGUUGUUUGAUGAUGAGAAUGUUUCUCGUAUUAAUGACAUAGUGAAACAGGUGUUGCUGGUUUUCCCUCAUUUCUGUCUUGGGCGAGGACUCAUCGACAUGGCCAGGAACCAGGCCAUGGCCACGCUUUACAGCAGCUUGGGUGAGGACCGCUUUGAGGACCCGUUGAGUUGGAACAUGGUGGGGAAGAACUUGGUUGCUAUGGUGAUUCAGGGCAUUGUUAUGUUUGCUGUAACACUGCUCAUUCAGUACAAAUUCUGCUACAAACCCAGGUUAGUCACUGUGCUUCCAAUGGCCGAGGAAGAGGAAGAUGAAGAUGUGGCUCGGGAGCGUUUGCGUGUGCGGCAGGGUGGAGCUCAAAAUGACCUGCUCCGAAUCUGUGAUCUCACCAAGGUUUACUCUGGUAAGAAGGUUCCAGCAGUGGACAGGAUUUGUGUGGGUAUCCCUGCAGCAGAGUGCUUUGGGCUACUGGGAAUAAACGGAGCAGGAAAAACCACCACCUUUAAGAUGCUGACUGGGGACAUCCCACCAUCCGCUGGAGAGGCUUUCCUCAAUGGCUACAGUAUUCGGACUGAGAUGCAAGAUGUCCAUCAGAAUAUGGGUUACUGCCCCCAGUUUGAUGCCAUUAAUGACCUGCUGACCGGAAGAGAGCACCUGGAGUUCUACGCCCGCUUACGAGGCAUUCCUGAGAAGGAGGUUCCCAUGGUGGCAGAAUGGGGAAUUCAGAAGCUAGGUUUGGUCAAAUACUCCGGUAAACCAGCUGGUACAUACAGUGGAGGAAACAAACGGAAGCUCUCCACAGCUAUGGCUCUGAUUGGCUGUCCACCUGUGGUUUUCCUGGAUGAACCGACCACCGGUAUGGAUCCUAAAGCUCGACGUUUCCUGUGGGACUGUAUCCUCAGUAUCAUCAGAGAAGGGCGAUCAGUCAUUCUUACCUCUCACAGUAUGGAGGAGUGUGAGGCCCUGUGUACACGGAUGGCUAUAAUGGUGAAUGGACGCUUUAAGUGUCUGGGCAGCAUCCAGCAUUUGAAGAGCAGGUUUGGUGAGGGUUAUACAGUCAUAGUGCGGGUAAGCGGUAGCCCCCCUGUGCUUGCUCCUGUGGAGAAAUUCAUGAGGGACUCGUUUCCUGAUGGUCUUCUGAAGGAGAAACAUCACAACACACUGCAGUACCAAGUGCCACCUGGAGAGGGUGUUCUGGCAGCCAUCUUCAGCCAGUUCACUCAGCAUCAGCAGAGACUGGCUGUGGAGGACUACUCUGUUUCUCAAACAACACUAGACCAGGUGUUUGUAAACUUUGCAAAACAGCAGCAUGAUGAAGAUGAUUCUCUGGCCUUUGAUAACCCUGUGGAUUUGAGUGAUGAAACAAACAAACAAGAACUCAAAGCCUUUUCCCUCGAUGCACACACCAAACACACACACAAUACUGCACUCGCCUAACACACAUGCAAUACUGCACUCACCAUACA